AGCAGAGAAGUUUGAGUGAGAGAUAAGAAGACUGGUGCUUGCUCAACGCUGACUCCGGUUCUGCAGCGCUUUGGUCACUCGAAAGAAUUAGCGGCCCCCGGCUCCUGAGCAAUACUAGCUAGCUGGGUGAAAAAGGAGAGCGGCACGACGGCACAACCAGCGCCUCAUCAUUCAUUACAGUGUGACGUCCUCAGAGCUGUUCACAGCUCACUAAACUCUGGGCCAAGCUGUUGUUCCCUGCCACAUUCACAGUGGACAGUACACUCGUUUAUUGUAAUGGGAGACAUGGGAGAUCCUCCAAAAAAGAAACGUCUGAUUUCGCUUUGUGUAGGCUGUGGCAAUCAAAUUCACGAUCAGUACAUUCUGAGGGUAUCUCCGGAUUUAGAGUGGCAUGCAGCUUGUCUCAAGUGCGCUGAGUGUAAUCAGUAUUUGGAUGAAACAUGUACCUGCUUCGUUAGGGAUGGCAAAACCUACUGUAAAAGAGAUUACAUCAGGUUAUACGGGAUAAAGUGUGCCAAAUGUAACAUUGGAUUCAGCAAGAACGACUUUGUGAUGAGAGCUCGCUCCAAGGUGUACCACAUCGAAUGUUUUCGCUGUGUGGCCUGUAGCCGGCAGCUAAUCCCCGGUGACGAGUUUGCUUUGCGGGAGGAUGGACUCUUCUGCCGAGCCGACCACGACGUAGUGGAGCGGGCAAGCAUAGGAGCAGGAGACCCGCUGAGCCCGUUGCAUCCUUCCAGACCUCUUCAGAUGGCAGCAGAACCUAUUUCUGCAAGACAGCCGGCCCUUCGCCCUCACGUCCAUAAGCAGCCAGAGAAAACUACCCGAGUACGAACUGUGUUGAACGAGAAACAGCUGCACACCUUACGGACGUGUUACGCAGCAAACCCUCGGCCUGAUGCGCUAAUGAAGGAGCAGCUGGUAGAGAUGACUGGUCUCAGUCCACGGGUCAUUCGGGUGUGGUUUCAGAAUAAGCGUUGCAAAGACAAGAAGAGGAGUAUUUUGAUGAAACAGCUCCAGCAACAGCAGCCUAACGACAAAACCAACAUACAGGGAAUGACAGGCACCCCAAUGGUAGCUUCUAGUCCUGAGAGGCAUGAUGGAGGUUUACAGGCUAAUCCAGUAGAGGUGCAAAGCUAUCAACCACCCUGGAAAGUAUUGAGUGACUUUGCACUACAGAGCGACAUUGACCAACCUGCAUUUCAGCAGCUGGUAAAUUUCUCAGAAGGAGGGCCUGGUUCAAACUCUACUGGAAGUGAAGUAGCUUCAAUGUCAUCUCAGUUGCCAGACACACCCAAUAGCAUGGUAUCUAGUCCAAUAGAGGCAUGACACUAUGAGGUCUAUGUGUAUGUAUGUACAUAUGUACAUACCUUUGUGUGUCACAUGCACACAUACACGCACCCUCUCUUUCUCCUUCUAUGUAUAUCUGUUCCACAGAUGGAAGUCAGACCCUGUGGCUUAGAACUCUGGAGGAAAUCUAAGCCUUUGGACACAUUCAUGACUUUUGUUUUGCAAAGUGACCACUUCUUGAUGAAAGGGAACCCUCCAUCUAAUUAAUGCACGAAGUCUCUUUAUUUCUUAACAACAAUGAGGUUGUGUGGUAGCAACACUGUGAAGACAAUCAAUGGAUCUGACUAGGAUCUGAAAAACACAAAAUAAGCAGAAAAAACUGGUAACCCAGAACUUCAGAAAAUAAUAGAAGGCACAUUGGGAUUUCCAUACUUUGUGGAAGUAGAACUUGUAUUGUUUGUAUGUGGAGAGGACAGGUUAGAGAAGCCCUUCCUCCAUGUGUGGUGCUGUCUACUGGACAACAAUGGUAAUUUUGCCUUGCCAAAUAACUGCCUAAAGCUCUGUCUGAUUUGUAAAAAAGAAACAUUAAAAUGGAAAUAAACCCAAACAAAUAUAAGAAAAAUCUGACCUGAAAACAUGUAACCCAUAGCUGCUGAACAGAACUGGAUUUGCUGUCCAUGGAUUCAGAUGCAAAUUUCUGGGUACAGUCUUUUUUCUGACUGACACUUGGGUCAAAUAUACAAAAUCUUGCUGCAUGAUUGCAGGCUAAGAUACGGUUUCUAACUCGAGAUCUGCCAUCUGUAAGUAUAUGGAAGCCAGAAGGCAACUGAACCAGACCUUUUGGGAUCAUUGCAAUUAGUAUUAAAAGUCCUAAAGCAUUACAACAAGGUAUACCUCUAUUUUACCACAAACAUCAAAGGACUGUAUGUGAAUUUUUGUCCGUCCAAUAACUUUAUUUGCCCAAAGAUGUGCAUAGUCAUUUAUUUAAAUGACUGUUUAGUAAUGGAAAAGAAAGAAAAGAAAUGUUCUGUUGCUCUUGUAUGAAAAUUAUGAUAAAAAUAAUUUAUUAUU